GCUAAGCGGUAAAAGUAAAAUUAAUAAUUGCCAAAUAAAUCAAAACAUUACAUUUUCUUUUAUAUUUUUGAUUAUAUUGGUGUGUUGGUGGCUUGGAGAAGAGGAGGGAAACGGAUAAAUGGAUAAAUUUUUGAAAUCAGGUAAUAUCAAGGAAGUUGACGAGUCCGUGGAGCACAGUGGCAAGCGUAAGGGAAGGCAAAAGUCCGACAUUUGGAAUUUUUUUACAAGGCUGCCAGGGGGAACCUCUGCAAACUGCAAAACUUGUGGUUUGGAUUAUAGAACAGGUGGAAACACAACAAUCUUGUUUAAUCAUCUAUUGCGGGCUCAUACGACUUUGUCCCAUGAGUCGAAGCCUGUGGCGACCAUAAAAACUUUCUUCAGUUCAAACAAUUAUUAUGAAAACAAUUCCGCGCAUAAAAAGGAGCUUGACAAAGCAUUAACCCGCAUGAUUGCCAUCGAUAUGCAACCCUUUCGCAUUGUUGAAGAUCGUGGAUUUCGUGAUUUCGUUUAUUACCUUAAUCCAAGGUAUAUAUUGCCCAGUAGGACAACUUUGAGAAACGUGCAUCUACAAAAUAUGUACAACGAAAUGAAAGAAAAACUUGUUCUGAUUCUCAAUAACGUAGAAUACUGUGCCGUGACAACGGAUAGUUGGACAUCGCGGGCGAAUGAAUUUUAUGUCACAGUUACUUGCCAUUUCAUAGACAAGAACUUUGUAUUAAGAGAAGCUGUUUUAUCAACUUGUAGUUCAUACGGAAAUCCGACUCCCGACAUCGAAGAGCCACCAACACAUCCUGAUUAUCCAAGCACUAAAACAUCGCAAAUUUAUGCAUUUGUGCAGGACAAAAUAGCACAAAAACAAUCAAGAACCCCGCAAGCAGAUGGUAUAAUAUUAGUGAGACAAUACUUAGAAAAACCUCACGAGUUGCAGGGCACACCACCAUUGGAAUACUGGAAGACACAUGUGCAUGAAAUGCAACACUUUCAAAAUUGCAUCUUUAAGUAUUUGUGCAUUCCAGCAUGCUCCACUGCGUCUGAACGCAUGUUCAGUAAGGCGGGAUGCAUCCUCUCUGACAGACGCGCCGCUUUAAAACCGUUUAUUGUAAACCAGUUGCUGUUUACAAACAAAAACCAAUGGCUAAAUGAAUAAAAUUGAUCUUAUUAAAAAUAAAA